AUGGUUAAUGUCGAGCUACCUUUUGAUAUUCAAGACGAAGAAGAUGAAGAAGAGCAAGAUACCAAGGAAGAUGCAGUCGCCACUACACUAGAAGACAUCCCGAUCGAUGCAGUUCCCGAUAUCCCAGAGGGAUCAGUAUUGUACUACGUCUCAUCGCGCCAGCUUAUACUAGCCUCACCGUUAUUCGAAAGUAUGCUUCAGCAAGAUGCCUACAGAGAAGGCCACAAGAAGACUGAUGGAUACUACUACGUCAUCACUGAAGAGUGGAAUGCAGAGGCUUUCCUGCUCUUAAUGAACAUGCUUCAUCUACAGUGCGGAUACAUCCUGCUGUCCCCUUCGUUCGAGACGAUGGAUAAGCUUGCUGUCAUAGUCGACUACUAUGAUUGUGCAAAGGCCAUUGAGAUCUUCACAUCGUUGCAUAUGAAGAGAAUGGUUCAGAAGAAAAAGUUCAAGGAGUAUAAUCGGAAACUGAUACUCGAGAUACUGGUUUCCUUCGUUUUCAAGUGGAGAAAAUGCUUUGAAGCAGCCACACGAAGCGCGAUCCUCGAGUGUGAUGAGAACACAGUACGCAUGUUGGGCCUACCUAUACCUCUGUCAGUAACAAGAUUAUUCUCGGCGCACCGCAUUACGGAGGCUGCAACGCGAUCGUCAGGGCGACGGGGUGUCCCACUAGCAGGCCAACAGACGGGCCCUUUUCCGGAAAUCAGUUUACUUUUCAUCGAUCUCGCAAUGUUUACGUUUUUUCCUGCAAGCUUAUGCUGGGUUGUACCAAGAAACGGUGCGUGA